GAUUUGAUAUCAGCUGCAGACAUGAUGCACCCAGAGUUGCUGAAAAAGCUCGUAAUGAGUAACUUCUGUAAGUGCGCACAUGGACAGUAAGCAGACAUUUUCUUUUCAAUUGAUCGUGAACUGUACAAAUUUAUGGUCCUCCUGUUUUAUUACUUCUUUAUAUGGAGAGCAGGCAAGUUUCAAGUUUCAUCACCUAGGUUAUGGAUAUUUCGAGGGUUAUAUUUUAGAGAUAACAGUAUGAGAAACUAACAUGUUCUGAAGAAUGAUUCAAUGACCAUCCGGCUAUGCCCCAAAUUCCUGUUUGCAGUGUUUGUGUACCAAUAGUAGCACCAAUGGCUGUUAAAAAUGUCUUUUCCUCUCCACUCCCUGUCUGGAUGAUAUGUUGAGUAUGAGUUGAAAUCUUCCACGUUUCAGAUACAUUCUCAUGUGUAUCUGUUGGGAAAGAAAAUUUACUUAUUGAAGUUUGUCCUUGGCAAGCCAAAUUGAAUUUUGAUUUCUACUUUUUGCCUUAUAGACUUCUUAGAAAUGAAGGUAAUGAAUGGAGAUUAUGUGAAAUUUGAUUCUUAUUCUUAUUUGUUCGCAUAAAGUAUGAGAGACGAAGGACUAUUGACAUCUUCAGAUGGAAAAAGAAAAUUAUAUCAAGUACACAUCAGCUGUAUAGUCCAUUGCCAGCCAAAUAUUUUCACUUUUGUCAAAGAGCUGCAUAUGUCAAUAUAUUUAUUUGGCUCUUUGGUCUACGAAUGCUCUGUACUGCGUUCCUUAUUAGUGGCCAUGUUACUGCCAUAUCUCCUUUUUCAUAUCUACUUUGAUUUGCUGUACUUGAGCCUAGGGUCUUUCGGCAACAGCCUCUCUAGCUCCACGAGGUAGGGGUAAGGCUGCGUACACUCUACCAUCCUCAGACUCCAGUUGUGAGAUUACAUUGGGUAUGUUGUUGUUGUUGACUCUUUGGUCUACGAGCUAUUGACUCUUUGAUCACACAGGUUGCACUCCUGCAUAACUGUUUUCUUACUGUGGAAUUCCUUCAAAUUAAGGGAUAGUUGAUGCAUUACUAGUUAUAAAGGCUGUAGUCUGAUGGUGAUCCAGAAAGUUCACUUUCUUUUGUUAAAAGUUUCUUUAGGUGGGUCACGACCAUCUCUAUGUUCUCUUGAGAUUGCACAUGAACCUUUUAUUACAGAUUUUCUUAGAGAUCUUCUUGCAGGUACUAUUCCUGCUAAACUUCUUUUGCAGUUGACUACCGCUUUCCGAGGAGGGGGACUGCGUGACAGAAGUGGUAAAAUAUUCUACAAGGAUAAUCUUCACAAAUGCAAUGUACCCGUCUUGGCAGUUGCUGGUGAUAAAGACAUAAUCUGCCCACCAGAAGCAGUACACGAAACUGUAAAGCUUAUCCCCGAGCACUUGGCCACCAACAAAGUAUUGGGGGAUGCUAAUGGUCAUUAUGCUCAUUAUGACUUGGUGGGGGGACGCAUGGCUGUGGAACAUGUAUAUCCUUGUAUAAUCCAAUAUUCAUCUGAAGUCACAGCCUGAUAACUUUUGGCAGUUACAGUUGCUAUCUGUUGAGGAUCUGCAUUUGUUUAGGGAAAUGCUCUAUGCUUAUUUGAUUAAUAGGCACAAAAGAAUUCCUAAUAUUAGAUUGGGCUAGAUAGGUUACCUGCACUCGCAUAGAAUCCCUAAAUGAACAAAACAUCUUAAUAGGAGAAAAGUUCGUUUUCUU